CAGGACAGCCCCAGCACAGGCCUUUCAUAGGUCGGGCGCUCAUUCUAGCCCCGCCCACUUUGUCCCUUUCGGCUGUGCCCCUCCAGGUCUUCCGUACGCAGGCGCAGCGGGGGCGGGCCGGGAGAUGGGGCGGCCCUAGCCUUCCGUGUGCCACCGCUGUCGCCUUAGCCUCGCUGCUCCUGCCACUCGGUGUCUGCAUUGCCGGCGUUAUCCGCGCGAGCUGUAGGGAGAGGACUGACGGAGCGUGCGCGCGCGGGGGAUCCCCGCAGUCCCAGCAGUUCCUCUCGCGCCGGGUGGGCGGCAGGGUUCAGCAGCAGUCGGGAGAGGCCCUAGACGGCGCCAUGUCGGCGGGCGGUCAGUGCCCGGCAGGAGCCGGAGGGGGCCCAGGAGGUGCCUCCUGCGCGGUGGGGGUCUCCCCUGGCGGAGUAUCCAUGUUCCGGUGGCUGGAGGUGCUGGAGAAGGAGUUCGACAAGGCCUUCGUAGAUGUGGAUCUGCUCCUGGGCGAGAUCGAUCCGGAUCAGGCGGACAUCACUUAUGAGGGGCGACAAAAAAUGACCAGCUUGAGCUCCUGCUUUGCACAGCUUUGCCACAAAGCUCAGACUGUGUCCCAAAUCAACCACAAGCUAGAGGCACAGUUGGUGGAUCUGAAAUCUGAACUGACAGAGACCCAAGCAGAGAAAGUUGUGCUGGAGAAAGAAGUACACGAUCAGCUUUUGCAGUUACAUUCUAUUCAGCUUCAGCUUCAUGCGAAAACUGGCCAGAGUGUUGACUCUGGUACUAUUAAGGCAAAACUGUCUGUCCCCUCUGUGGAAGAACUGGAGAGAGAGCUUGAAGCAAAUAAAAAAGAAAAAAUGAAAGAAGCUCAACUUGAAGCUGAAGUGAAGUUAUUGAGAAAAGAGAAUGAAGCCCUUCGUAGACACAUAGCUGUUCUCCAGGCUGAAGUUUAUGGGGCAAGACUGGCUGCCAAGUACUUGGAUAAGGAACUAGCAGGAAGAGUCCAGCAAAUACAGUUACUAGGACGUGAUAUGAAGGGACCUGCUCAUGAUAAACUGUGGAAUCAGCUGGAAGCUGAAAUACAUUUGCAUCGUCACAAAACUGUUAUCAGAGCCUGCAGGGGACGCAAUGACCUGAAACGACCAAUGCAGGCGCCACCAGGCCACGAUCAAGACUCUUUAAAGAAAAGCCAAGGUGUUGGUCCAAUUAGAAAAGUGCUCCUCCUUAAGGAAGAUCAUGAAGGCCUUGGGAUUUCAAUUACAGGUGGGAAAGAGCAUGGUGUUCCAAUUCUCAUUUCUGAGAUCCACCCAGGACAACCUGCUGACAGAUGUGGAGGUCUACAUGUUGGAGAUGCUAUUCUGGCUGUUAAUGGGGUUAACCUAAGAGACACAAAGCAUAAAGAAGCUGUCACCAUUCUUUCCCAGCAGAGAGGAGAGAUCGAAUUUGAAGUAGUUUACGUGGCUCCUGAAGUGGAUUCUGAUGAUGAAAAUGUGGAAUAUGAAGAUGAGAGUGGACAUCGUUAUCGUUUGUACCUUGAUGAAUUAGAGGGAGGUAGUAAUCCUGGUGCUAGUUGCAAAGAAACAAGUAGGGAAAUCAAAGUGUUACAAGGUUUCAAUAAGAAAGCAGUAACUGAUGGACAUGAAAAUGGAGACCUCGGAACGUCGAGUGAAACUCCACUAGAAGACAAUGCUUCAAAAUUAGAUGAUCUGCACAGUCUGUAUCAUAAAAAAUCUUAUUAAAUUGACUGGCUGCAGACAAGAUUGCUAAUUAAACUAUUCUGAAUUUGAGGCACUAGGGAAGACGGUGACAAAGACUAUACAAGAUCAAGGGAGGCUAUUUGUUGCCUAAAUGAAAGGCGGGUACCUCAGGGCUUCAUGUAAACAAUUCUUAAUGCAUAAACUCCCUGUUUUCUGUGGUAUAACUAGCUAUUGCAUGUAAAGCAAUUGUGAUUUUUCUUAAAACUGUAAAGCACCAAAGCAUGUGUUUCCCACAGGGAUGUCACUAGGUUCUUAUAUAUACCGAAUGAAGCACUACUGUUUUAUUUGGUUUCUCCUCCAUUUAGUGGAUGGACAGUGAUAAACAGAAUUUUAUAAGAAAUAGCCGUUAAGUACAAGAAAAUAAAUGAACUCAUAUUUUAUGUUCCAGGAUGUUAGUGUGGUAUUUCAAAGGCAGAACUUGACUCAAUGAAUUGCAGAAAUGUAGGAUUGACGUAUUAUUUUUCUUUUAAUUUAAAGAAUGGUUUUAUUUUCUUAAAAUUUAUUGUGUAUCCUGAUAGAAAUCAGUCCUUAAUGAUCAUUUAUUAUGAGUUUCUGUUUCAGCUUUAUUCAGUACAGUUCAAAAUAAUUUUCUUUAAGCUAUCUUUAAUCAGUGCUGCGCCUGAAAGUUUCUGAAGUUAUUGUUUGUUGUAUUUUUUAGUUUUUAGAAGAAAUGCAGAUAAGUAUAAAAUGCCUGUUUUCAAUUAUGUUGAUCUAUGUGCAUGGUAUUGGAGCAUUGCAUUAUUGUUUAGUCUCAGCAAUUCGUGAUCCACAAAUGAUAAUUUUACAUGUUUUGAGUUAUUCAUAAAGUUUGCCUUGUAAUAGUCCUGGCACUUAAAGAUAAAUUUUUCAGUCAGUAAAAAGCUCAAACUUAUUACUAUGUCAUGAAAAAUACUGCACUCAAACAGCAGUUUUCUGUCCAAGUGACUGAUUUGCCAAUCUUAAAAGCUAAAACAUCUGGUGGACAAGCUGAGGUGACGACAUUUUAAUAUAGUUAUUAUUUUGGUUGACUUUUCAUGUCGUAUGUCUGACUGGAGUAUUUUUUAUAUGCAAACUAAAGUUUUACCAUCUUUAUCCCAAGAUUACGCAUGGUAUACUUGCUCUCUUGCUUACCCAUGUGUAGGCCUCUGUCCCCUGUUGGGGAAAGUGAAAACACUGCAGUUAAGUAUUGUUUUAAAGAAUCUGCAUUUGAGGGACUAUUAAAUGGGAGAGAGCCAGUUGGCUUUUAGCAUAUUAUCAGUCGUUUCAUUUCUUAUUCAGAUGUUCUGUGAUAUAAAAAAAUAAAACAUUUUGCCUUUCCUAGAUACACUAUAUAUUUGUUCAUAAGUAAAUCUAUAAAAUGUAUAUACUUUAUUUGGUGGCUUUGCUAUUUAUAAAUUUUAUGUUUUAACCGUUGUUCAUUUAUAGUUUGUUUUGGGAGGUUUUGUUCAUUAUAUAUCACCAUGUUUUUUUGUAAUAGAUAUGCACUUCAUAGCAUAUAUUGUUACUGAUAUUAAAAUACCUUGUAACAUAAUGUUGACUCUCAACGCUGGUAUUUAAUUGUACAACUGAAUAGGUAAGCUACAUGAUAUUGUUUGCUCCUGACAGGCUAGGUCUUUAAAAGAAAAAAGCCUUUAUGUUUUUCUUCUCCAAACACAUAGCCCAUACAUGGCAUGAAAUCUGUGAACUGGAUUUUAGCUUGUGUAUUCAUUUAGUCAAAAUAAUUCCCAGCUCUGUGAACUGGAUUUUAGCUUGUGUAUUCAUUUAGUCAAAAUAAUUCCCUCCUGUGACUAUGCAGGUGCCUCUCUUUUUCCUUUUCCUUUUCCUAAUAAGCCUAUUAUUUAAAAGCUUUUUAAAAAAUCCCAAACUGCAUAUUUUGAAAACCUUUUGUGACUUAAUACCACAUUGUUCUUAUCCUCUAGUAAGCAUGGGAUGAAAUAACCAUGGCAUUUUUUUUUUCAUAGAAUUUUCUUUAUUAUGAUCGGGUCUAUAGUAAAUGUUAGCUAAAAGUUUAUGCUUUUAAAGAACUGUCUAGUAAAUAUGAGGUUUUUUCUUUUGGCCUUAAAUUAGCAGUCUAUGUAAUAAGGAUGGUAUGAGAUAAUUAUGAUAUAAAUUCCUCUCAUGGGGAAUAAAAUUUUUGCAGGUAGUUUCAAAUUACACGUAUCAGUUCUCUUUUCAUUCCUGCUUCACCUUGUUUGGCAAGCCUGCCUGAGAACACUGUUGCUCUGAUGCUACUGUGAGUUUCCUGCCAGGUGUUUAUAAAGUACCAGUUAUUUUUGGACGACAUGCUUCUUGGGGGAUGAAGUUAUUUUUGGACGACAUGCUUCUUGGGGGAUGAACUAGGAAUAAGAAACUUUUUUGAAAGGACUGAAGGAGAAGCUACUUUUAUAUUUGUACAUUAAUAGGAAAGAACCUCAUGACACUGGAAUUUCUAGAACAGAACCAAACAGAAGAGACUGUUGUAAAGUCCUUACAAUUAAAAAACAAGACAACUUCACAGCAAAACAUGAGAAAAAAUUUUCAGUAGAAGUAUGAGGAUUAUGUGUUUAUGAAUUAUGUUUCAACCUCUAAAAUUCUCUUCUACAAUAGCUUUUUUACAAAUAUGAUGGAAAAGCAAUAUUUAGGUUAUAAGAUUUAUUCAGAUCUCUUCAGGAGUAAUAAAAUUUUGUGAGUCUUGGUCAUUAUAACUAAAAAGUUGCAAACAUGACCACAGCUUGUCCUUGGUGCUAGCUUUAUUCCUUCUACACUGGGCUCCUUUUUUCAAGUUAAGGGAAAAAAGGUAUGAUUCAUGAUUUAUCCAUGUCAGUUACACAUUUUUUGACAUCCUUAUUAUGUAAUUUUCUAUUCCACCUCCCAGUCUUCCACUUAAGGUCAGCCACAUUCUAUAGGAUUUAUGACAGCUAUAUUAUAUCUAGUUAAUAAUUUUUAUCACCUGUAACUAAUUACAUUAAAAUGAUAUUGAUCUGAUAAAAAUAAACAUUCUGUUUCUUCACAGUAUUUUGGUUUAUUAUUUCUAAGAGCUUCUAUCAUUUGUGCCAACAUGUCACAAAAUCCAUGCAAAGGCUGAACCUAGUUAUAAUAGUGGAACGAUUUUUGGGAGGAUUAUAAAUUAAAUGUUUGAUCUUUAUUCAGAACUAUUUGAUCAUUUAGUUAAAAGCAUUUUGGUUGGAAAUAACUGCCAGAGCAACUUUGGGGACAGUUUUAUGUUGAAACAGUGGAGGACAAAAACUUGUAUUCUUGGCUUAAUUUUCUGUUAUAAUGUCAAUAGCCAAUGUUACCUAUGGGGAUAACAUUUAUAUGUAAGAAGUAGAAAACCUAUUAGAUAUUAUGUAAGGGUAUUCUUUCAGUUUCUCAUCUAUGCACAUAUAAUUUAGAAAGUUUCCAAAUUAUGUGUAAUAUAAUUUAGAAACAUUUGUAAACACUCCAAUUUCUUGGCUUCAAAAGUUUUACGUACAGUCAUUUCUAGUCAGCUUAAGGAUUAAAAGCAUAAAAUUGUACAGGAAUAACUUUCUGUCAAGGAUAUUUGAGGUCAAUCUGAAGAUAAAUACCAAUGAUCAUUUAAACAUGAAUAUAAGUCAUUUCAGAAAAUUACUAGUUAUGAACAUUUAGAAAUAGUUUUGUUUUAUUUUUGGUCAGUGACUAACCUUGAUUUAGUCCUAGUACUAAUAGAUGCUAUCAUUUGUGUCAUUUUAAACUUUCAGUUCAGUUUCAGUUUCUUGGGGGAAAAAAUCUUUUUCACUGAAUUCAUCUGCACAGGAUAUUGCUCAAUGUGAAAGAUUAUUUGCAUUUUUGUUGUUGCAUCAGUGUUCUAUUUUAGGUGUUUUACAACAUUGUUUAAACUAAAAGGUAUUGAUUGCAAGUUACCAUGUGCUAUUGGUGCUAAAUAUUUGUUUGAUAAUACAUUUUUUUUCAGGUGUAUUUUGAGAACUCUAAGCACUGUGUGGCAGUCUCAAGAAUACAUCCCUCAGAUUUCCAGCAAGAGGGAGCAUAACUGAGUCCUGUCUGCCGCGCUCUGAAAUCCAGCCCUGUGUUCAUGCAGGCUGUGCUUCUCAUGCACUGUGUCCACCAAUGACUGAGCACCACAGGGAUAUUGUAACUCCUGGACUUUGACUUGAGGACUCCCUGAUGGUCUUGUCUAAGUUGCUUUCACCCAACCUCCCUUGCUCUUUUUCACUCUGGGUCAUACUUGUAUUGGGGUCUGGUUGCUUUCCAGCCUCCUGUCAAUCCCAGCUCCCUCCCUAUCCCUCACCAGCAUUCCCCUAAUAAACCUAUUGUACAACUGA